AUGAUUAUUAGAUUCCAGAACGGGUAUCAUCUAUCCAGAGAAGAACCUACCUAUGGGUUUCCCAGGGGGACCAGAUCAACCUCCAACCUCUCUGACAAGGUUGAAAUUUCUCCUCCCUUGCAGGAGACCCCAAGUCAUCUAGAGUCUUCUGAGGAAGCUGAUUCUUUUGUGCCCCAAGUGGGGGCUCAGGCCCAGCAUCCAGAGCCCCCUGAAGAGAGAGAAACAUCUCCACUCCAGCAGGAGGCUCCAUCAAAUCCUCCAGAGUCCCUUAAGGAUGGAGAUUCAGCAAACCUGGAAGAGGCCCGAGCUGAACCUUCAAGUCCUCCUGAAGAGGUAGAACCUUCUUUGUUCAGGCAGGAAUCCUCAGUUCAACCUACAGAGGCGCCACCAACCCCUCAGGAGGCCCCUGCUCAGCCUCCAGAGACAUCUAAGGAGACUGCAUCUCAACUGUUAAGGGGAAAUGUGCCAUCUCCAAGUCAGAAUGAAGUUCAGAAUCCAAGCUUCCUCAUUGUCACUGUUAAGCCUCCAGGUUUUACCAUAAUCCUAACUUACCCUCCAGAGCACCCUGAGGAGGCUGGACCAACACUAACCCAACAGGAGGCCCAGGCUCAGCUUGAGGAGCACCCUGAAGAGGCUGAAUCAACCCUAGCCCAACAGGACGCCCAGGCUCAGCUUGAGGAGCACCCUGAGGAGGCGGAAUCAACCCCAGUCCAGCAGGAGGCCCAGGCUCAGCUUGAGGAGCACCCUGAGGAGGCUGAAUCAACCCCAGUCCAGCAGGAAGCCCAGGCUCAGCUUGAGGAGCACCCUGAGGAGGCUGAAUCAACCCCAGUCCAGCAGGAGGCCCAGGAUCAUCCUCCAGAACGCCCUGAGGAGGCUGGACCCAUCCCAGUCCAGCAGGAGGCCCCAACUCUAGGUCCAGAGUUCCCUAUUGAUUAUUUUAGUGAAAUGUCCUUAAGUGAUGAGGUGACACCUCACCCUCUAGGUCUGUAUCCAGAAUAUUUAAUGAUUCCCCAGGUUACAGGUAAGCCUUUUGAUGUCGAAUUUACCACAACUCUGGGGCCUAAUAAAGGUGUUGAACCUUCUAUAGCCCAGCAAGAGGCCCCACCUCAGGUUCUUGAGCCUAAUGAGGAAGCAGAAGCUUCUGUAACCCAGCAAGAGACCUCGGGUAAGCUUCCAGAGGAAGUUGAGCCUUCAAGUGAGCAGGAGACCCCAACUAAGCUUUCUGAGCCUCCUGGGGUGAUUGAUCCUUCUCUAAUGGAGCAGGAGACACCAGCUCAGUCCCCAGAGAAUCCUGAAGAGGCAGAACAUUCCCCAGCCCAACACCAGGCCCCAGCUCAGCCUACAGAGCAUCCUGAGGUGCUAAAACCUGCAACCCAGCAGGAACCCCCGGCUCAGCUUCCAGACCUUUUUGGAGAAACCAAACCUUCUCCAACCCAGGAGGAAGCCUCAACUCAGCCUGCAGAACCCCCUGAGACAGAAUCUUCAACCCAGCAGGAGACUCCAGCUCAUUCUCCAGGGGAGAUACAAUCUGCAACCCUGCAAGAGCAGCCAGCUCAGCCCUCAGAGCUAGCUUCAGGGGAGGUGGAACCUUCACCAACCCAGCAGGAGCACCGAGCUCAGCCUCCAGUGUCCUCUACAGAUGUUGUAGCUCAGCCUCCAGUACAUCAUGAGGUGAUAUUCCCACCUCCAGGUCCAGGUGAAGCUCAGCAUCCAGUGUUGCCCAACAUCACAGUUAAACCUGUGGACCUUGAGGUUUUCAUAACUCCCCUGCCAACUAAGGAGCUUGAACAUUCUUCAGUGCAGCAGGAUGUCCCUGGUCAGUCUCCUGUUUCCCCUGAGCAGGUUGAAUUUUCUCUAACCCAGUCCAAGCCUCUUUCCCAGUCUCCGGAGUCCCCUGAAGAUGAGUCUUUUCUGAGCCACCAAGAGGUCCUAGCUCAGAUUCGAGACAUCCCAAAGGAUGUGAAACCUACGUCAGGUCAACAGGAGGACCCAGCCCCGUCUCUAGUCCCCCACCUGGCUUCAGGUGUAUCUCCUUAUCCCCCCAAUGAGGUGGAAUCUUCCCCCACAUCACAUGAGGUCCCAGCUCAGUCUCCAGAGCCGCCAAAGAAGGGUGAACCAUCUCUAGUCCAGCUGGAAGCCCCAAAUCAGCCUUCAGAGGCAGAAUCUUCUCCACCUCAGCAGGGACCACCAGCUGUAUCCCCUGAGCCCCCUAAGGAGGUAGAACCUUCCAGAGAGCAGGAGGCUCCACCUCAGCCUUCAGAGCCUCCUGAGAAGGUGCAACCAUCUCCAGUCCAGCAGGAAACCCCAGAUCCACCUUCACAGCUCCCUGACAAAGUAGAACCUUCUCGAGUUUCUCAAGAGACCCAUUCUCAGCUGCCAUCUUCUCCUGAGGAGAUAGAAUCCUCUCCAGUCCUGCAGGAAGCCCCAUCUCUACCUCUAGAUCCACAUAAGGCGAUAGAACCUUCUCAAACACAACAGGAGGUACAGGCUCAGCCUUCAGAGCCUCCUGAGAAGGUAGAACCAUCUACAAUACUGCAGCAGGCUCCAGCUCCACCUCGAGAGCCACCAAAGGAGGUUGUGGCACAACCUUCAAUCCAUAUUGAGGUAACAGUUCCAUCUCCAGGACAAGAAGAAGCUCAGCAUACAAACAUACCCCAUGCCACUGUCCAACGUGUAGACUUGGAGGUGACUGUGACUCCAGAAUCUACUGUGGAGGCUGAGCAUUCUACAACCACACAGCAGACUAUAGCUCCUCCAGAGGACCCUGAGGCGACACUUCCACACCCAGAGCAGGUCCAGGCUCAGCAUCCAAAUUUGACUGAAGUCAAGGUUCAACCUUUGGACCUAACCACACCUCCAGAACCUACUACAGAGGUUGAAACUUCAACCAUGCAAGAGACCCGAGAUAAGCCUUCAGAGCCCCCGAAGGAGGUUGUAGUUCAGCCUCCACUGUUUCAGGAAGUGACCGUUCCACCUCCAGGUCAGGAUCAAGCUCAUCAUCCAUGGUCACCUAAUGUAACAGUUCAGCCUUUGGACCUGGAGCUUACUGUAACUCCAGAACGCACAAUGGAAGUUAAAACUCCUACCGCCCUGAAGAAAACUACAACUCCUCUAAAGAACCUUGAGGUGACAUUUGCACAUCUAGAGCAGGUUCAGGUUCAACAUCCAAGCUUAACUAAAGUCACAGUUAAACCUUUGGACAUGAUGCUUACCAUCACUCCAGAAUCCACUCCAGAGGCUGAACAUUCUACAACCAUGAAUAGGACUACAGCUCCUCCUCCAAAGGACGUUGAGGUGACACUUGCACAUCCAGAACAGACUCAGAGUCAGCAGUUCUGGACCAAGAAGUGCUGGGAGCCAUUUCUGAAGUAA